GGGUGGACAUCAACACAUUAGCAUAUAGAGAGCCUCCUGCUACUUUGCAACAGCUAGCUACUGGUAGGUAGGGAUCUACCAAGCAGUGGAAAGAAGCAAGCAAAUAGAGUUGAUCAAUAGAGAUGCCUAUUUCAGUGCAGCAAGCUGGUGCAGUGUGUGCUCUCCUGUCUGUAGUCGUCCAUCUCAACACACUUUAUUGCGGAUUCUGUUUUGAUGAUCGAUCAGCAAUUGUGGAGAAUAAAGACUUGAGACCAUCUAGUUCAUGGAGUGAUUUACUAUGGAAUGAUUUCUGGGGUACUCCCAUGCAUAUAGAAGGCAGCCAUAAGUCAUAUCGUCCUCUGUGUGUGGCCACGUUCCGGCUCAACUAUCUGUUGGCGGAGUUGGAGCCCAUGGGCUAUCAUUUGGUCAACAUUCUCCUACAUGGAGUCGUGUGUUACUUGUACGUUCACCUGGUCAAACUAGUCUGCAGUCAAGUGUGGCCAGCACUGAUAGCAGGACUCCUCUUUGCAGUCCACCCCAUACACACUGAGGCUGUGGCAGGUGUGGUGGGUCGUGCCGAGCCCCUCUCUUCUCUCUUCUUUAUCCUCACCUUUCUCUGCUAUCGAAAAGCAGCUCUGUCUGAUAAUCUGAGGCAAAAAGAGGUACGCUGGAUGGUCCUCAGUCUGCUGUGUUGUGUGUGUUCUGUACUGAGCAAGGAGCAGGGCAUCACAGUCAUCGCAGUGUGCUACACGUACGACCUCUUCAUUGUCAGAAACCUGACCAUCUUCACUGCCUUGUCAGAGCUUAGCAGAGCCAAGAAGCACACUCCACCAUGGCUACAUGCACUGCUCCUAAGAGGAGUGGUGUUGGGGUUAUUCCUAGUCGGAUUCAUGCUCCUCAGAAUACAGAUAAUGAAGGCGGAACUACCUGUGUUCACUGUUCAUGACAAUCCAGCUGUUGCAUUGAGGCCUCCGUACCGACAAUUGCAUUGGGCGUAUCUAGUAUUUGUGAAUGUUUGGCUUCUCCUCAAUCCCUCCUUCCUCUGUGCUGAUUGGACAAUGGGUACGAUACCUUCAAUCACCACGGUAACAGACCCACGAAACUUCCUCACUAUGGCAACAUUUGCUACCAUAUUCAUACUAGGAUGGAUCGCUUUAACAAGAAACGGCCGAAAUGCUAAAAUAGUUCUAUUUUCUCUAAGUCUGUUGGUGUUCCCGUACGUGCCAGCCUCCAACCUGUUCUUCCCUGUUGGGUUUGUUGUAGCAGAGAGAGUUCUCUACUUGCCCAGCAUGGGACUAUGUCUACUAGCAGGCCACGGAGUUUCAAUUCUCAGUAAAAGAUCACCAACUUUAACGAAAUCUCUGUUAACUUUCAUACUAUUGACGCAUUCAGUGAAAACAUUUGUACGGAAUGCUGAUUGGGAAUCGGACACCACCUUGUUUGUGUCUGCGAUCCGUACCAAUCCUGGGAACGGUAAAGUGUACAACAAUCUGGGACACGAGUAUGAGCAUGUCUCAGAAUUGGAACGGGCAGAGUGGUUGUUUCAGACAGCCUCUCAAGUUCAGUCGGACGACAUUGGAGCCUACAUCAACCUCGGCAGAGUGCUAAAGGCACAAAAAAAGUUUCAGAGCGCAGAGAAAGCGUACAAGGAAGCUGUACAGUUGAUGCCUACAGGAAAGACGUUCCGAAUUGCCCCAAGUCACAUUAACGUCUACUACAAUCUGGCUAAUCUAGUUAGAAAUGAUCCAUCACGACUCAAGGAGGCACUCAAUCUCUACCAAACAGCACUUUCCAUGAAACCAGACUUUGUGGAAGCUCACAUGAACAAAGGUGAUCUACUACUCAAGCUCAACCAAACUGAAGAUGCCAGAAUAUCGUUUAAAAAAGCUAUUCAGUAUAAUCCCGACUAUACGGAUGCUCACUACAAUUUGGGGACCGCUCAUUUGUUGCUAGGCGAUAAAGCUGGAGCCGAGAGGUGUUAUAGACGUGUACUAUCAUUGAAUAAAGAGCAUGUUCAUGCACUGUUGAGUUUGGCGGGAGUGUUGAGGGAACUGAGCAAGCAACAAGAGGAGAGGAAAAUACUCUACCAGCUACUAGACAUUGAUCCUCACAACACACGAGCGUACUUUAACCUCGGAGUAAACUACCUCGACGCACAAAACCUACAGAAAUCAGAGGAAAUGUUUCUACACACACUAAGACUGGAGCCUGGCUACAAGAGUGCUCUGUAUAAUCUUGGAGUAUUGUACAAUCAUCAAGAGAGGCUGGCAGAGGCUGAGAGUGUGUUGGUUAGACUGAGAAAGUACUAUCCUGAUCAUUUGAAUGGAGUGCAACUACUCGGGGAUGUGUACACUAAAAUGCAGAGGGCUACAGAUGCGCAAGAAAUGUACGAAGCAGUGCUUAGACAGAACGGCAACCAUGUCACAUCACUACACAAUCUAGGAGUUGUGAAGGCAGGACUAGGAGAACUUGAGAUGGCCAUCACUCUAUUCACUAAAGCAUUGCAGCUGGACAACUCAUACGAGGCGGCACGGAAACACUUAGUACAAGCUCAGCAGAUUUUAAGCAACUCACAAAAUAACAAGACUGAUAACAAUGUUAGGAACAAGUGAAAUGUUGUUGUUAUGUUUUUAUUAAGGCUUUCAAUUAGCUUAAUUGCAACUUUCCAACUUUUUAAAUCCCAUGAUUUAAUCAAGUAAGAUUGGCA